UCACACUCUAUGACAUCCAGCCGAAUAUUGGAAGAAAGGACAGCAGCAGCAGUUCCACGCAUUCGCCUUCGGGCAGCGACCUUUCCUCUCCAGCCACUUCAGUUCGGGGCUGGAUCCUCUCCAGAGGGCGCCUGAUCCACUUGCCUUCAGGAUGCCUCCUGCCAUGUCCUCGUGCCAGA